UCCCAGCUCGUGCUUGUUUUUCCCACACCCCGUGAGGGACGGGCGAGCAAGAUGGCGGCUUCAGUGAGGCAGGAGCUGACCCAGCUCAUGAGCUCCAGCGGCUCCCACAAGGACCUGGCGGGGAAGUAUCGACAGAUACUGGAGAAAGCAAUUCAGCUGUCAGGAGUGGAACAACUAGAAGCAUUAAAAGCUUUUGUAGAAGCAAUGGUAAACGAAAAUGUCAGUUUAGUAAUUUCACGCCAGUUGUUGACUGACUUUUGCACGCAUCUUCCAAACCUUCCCGAUAGUACAGCCAAAGAGAUCUACCACUUCACCUUAGAAAAGAUCCAACCUCGUGUAAUUUCAUUUGAGGAACAGAGAAUCUCAGUUGAGUUUAUAUUGAUUGUUUGCUCGUGGAUUAUCGAGGUUGAAGAGGAAGAAGUCGUUGACACGUAG